CUAACCUAUUGCAACACCAUGAGCGACACCCAGCCAAAGCGCAAGUCUGGAAGGACGCCAGAGCAGCAGGCUGCGCGUGACGCACGCAAGGCCGCCAAGAAGGCCGCCGCCGAAGCCGCCGCAGCCGAGUCCGCUGCCGCCGCCAAGACGCAGGACGACGCCGCCAGCGAUGCCGAGGAAGGCGGCGGCGACAAGCGCAAGCGUCCGGUGUACGACGAGGAGGAGAUGCUCGAGGUCGAUCUCAAGGCUGGAGCGCCGCUUUCAAAGGCCGAGAUGCGCGCAGCCAAGAAGCGCGCCAAGCUUGGGCAGGCCCCAGUCGAGAAGAAGGCCGACUAUGAGAAGAAGGCCAAGAAGCUCGCCGAGGCUGAGGACGACGACGAGGACGGCGAGGCAGAGGCAGAGGGCACUGGCGAGGCUCGGACACGUAAGAAGGACAAGGCGGCUGCUCCCAAAGAGGAGAAGAGCGAGUUCAGCGUCUGGAUCGGCAACAUGUCAUUCCGCACCCAGCCGGAGGCGCUCAAGUCGUGGAUUCAGACUGGCAUCACCGAGAGCGGCGGCGAGGACGACUGCAUCACACGUGUUUAUCUGCCCAAGAAGGCCGCGCGUGGGGAGUUCUCGGAGAACAAGGGCUUUGCUUACGUCGACUUCAAGACGGAGGAGCAGAUGCUGCUUGCAAUUGGGUUGAGCGAACGGCCGCUAGACGGGCGCCGGCUGCUCAUCAAGGCAGGGAAUGACCACAAGGCGAACCCGAACGCGCGGACGCCUAAAACCAUCCCCAGUGGGCCGGGCACGGCGUCUGUCGGCAAGCAGAAGCAUGCGGAGAGCAGCACCUUGUUCAUCGGCAACCUGCCAUUCGACACGACGGAGGAGGAGUUGCGGGACUUGAUUGAGACCAACUGCGCCGAUCUGAUUGCCGAGCAGGAGGAGGCCGAGGCUGAGGCGGCGGACGAGGAGGACGAGGAGAUGGACGAGGAGGCGCGUGAGGCCGCACGCGAGAAGCGUGCCAAGGAGGCGCUCACUAAGGGCAAGCGCGGGAGCGCGAAGGCUGGGCUCAUCAAGACGCGUGUUGCGCAGUUUGAGGACACGGGACGGUGCAAGGGAUUCGCAUUUUGGGACUUCAAGUCUCCAGUGUACGCGCGCGCGGCGUUGAUGAACAAGAAGAACCACUUCUUGCGCGGGCACAAGCUCACGCUGCAAUACGCGAGUCAGGAGGCAACGAAACGUGCGGGCGGAAAGCGGAAUCGCGACGACGCGCGCCCGGGCCCGGCAAAGUUCCAGCGCCGCGAGCGGGCACCGCGCUACUUUGAGAAUGGUGACGGGGAGCACGCGUCAGCGCCUGUGCCUACGUCUGCCCCGGCCCACACCGACUUCAAGUCGGAGGCGGCUGCACAGGCUCGUAUUGCGGCCAUGGUAUCUGGUGAGGGUGGUGGCGAGAGCGGAGGCGGAGAUGAGCGGCGCGAUAAGCGCGAUAAGCGUGGCAAGAAGUGGGAGUCGACUGGACGGCCGAGGCCAGGCGCAGCGUUGAUGAUGGCCAAGAGGGAGAAGGUGGGGAUUGUGGAGAGUGCUGGGUCCAAGAUUACAUUCGACUAGUGGUGUACGUGAUACAGAUACAUUGCACUUGCAUGCAUGGAGCGUGGUGAUG